AUGGCGUACUCGGUCCCCACAGAGGCUGCUCAACUUCUCCGCAAGGGUAUUGUGGAAAACACUUUGCUCGCGUCCAACAUCCCCAAGCAUGCCCGUUCUCUCGCAGACUACGUUACAUAUACCGGGAACGCAAAGCCGAAGAUUCCGAUAAACUGGCGUUUUGCAGAGAGUAUCUCAGCUCUCAAAGGACUUGAGGCCCUUUGGAUAAACGCUCUCCUCAAGGCAAAAUAUAAUCAGGAGCCUGUGGAAGUCAUGAUUGAUACCGACCAUGCUACCCUCUUCAUCAUGUCGACGCUUCUUAUCGACACUGUCGACACGAGUGGCAAAUCCACGGACCCCGAUCUCUCGCCGAUUGAGCGACUUCGACUGAUAUUUCCUAAUCCAGGAAGAGACUUAGGACAGGGGACAUUUCACCGGGGAGCGAUUACCAAUAUCUACAAGACUAAAGAUGGACGGUGCUACCAUGUUCACGCAUUGGGCCUUGACCCCAAUCGCGAAGCCCCUUCAAUCGCAGAAGCAAGGGACGUUAUUCAGGAUCACGUGCAGCAGUUCACAGCAGAAGAGCUCGACGAAAUGAUGAACGAAAAAUACCGACAAGCGGGAACAAUAUGCUACUCCAUUGAAGAAUACAAAGCUAGUGAGCAUGGUAGGGCAAAUGCACAUGUGGGUCUCUAUGACCUCAAUCACGCUCCCAAUGAGAUACACAAGCCCGGAUGGUGGAAGUCUGUUCCGGACAGCGGGGCUUCUCGGCCAUUGGCCGGUCUCAAAGUCGUUGACUUGUGUCGUGUGAUUGCGGGACCUAGUAUAUCUCGAGGGCUAGCUGAGCUUGGUGCAAGUGUGAUGAGAGUAACUGGGCCUGGCGUCUUGGACAUGUAUUCUCUGCAUACUGAUCUAAACUGGGGCAAGUGGAAUUGCUCGAUUGAUCUCAAGACCGAAGAGGGGAAGGAAAAACUUCGCGAGCUUAUUUACGAGGCUGAUGUUGUGCUGGAUGGAUACCGACCCGGUGUGAUGGAGAGGCUUGGAUUUGGAAGGGAUGCGGUCCUGGAUCUGGUGCAAGACCGUCCAUUUGGUAUCAUUUAUGCUCGCGAAAACUGCUAUGGUUGGCAUGGCCCAUGGCAGUAUAGGAGUGGCUGGCAGCAGAUCAGUGAUGCAAACUGCGGUGUUUCGCUCGAGUAUGGUCGUGCUACCGGACAUGAGGAAGCUAUUACUCCCGUUUUUCCUAAUUCGGACUAUUGCACUGGUGUUAUUGGCAUUUGCGGUAUCAUCAAUGCCGUAAUUAAAAGGGCCGAGAAGGGUGGCUCACUCUUCAUGGAUACCGCCCUUAAUUACUACUCCCAGUGGCUCGUGAAUAGUGUGGGUGUUUAUCCACGGACCGUCUGGGAGGAAGUGUGGCAGCGACACGAUAAGCUCUCUUUCCGCUAUAAUGACAACAUGUUUAUCACUAUCCCCCUUAUGAUGAGGUCGCUGGUGCAAAACUGCGGAGCGCAACUCUUCAACCCACGCUUCUUCGAAAUCCGGUAUUCGGGAGCGGUGGAUCGUUCUUUCAAGGUGCUUCGGCCUGUCCUCAGCUUCACGGGUGAAAAGGUUAUUCCUAGGUUCAACGUUGGUACAAGGAGUAAUGGACAGGAUGCCGCUCGCUGGCCCGAAGACCUGCGUACGGAGGUUGUCGCCAACACCUAG